CUAUUGAACAUACCAAGACCGAGUGAGGUCAAGUUGUUGGGGGCAUCGCCAAGUCCAUUUGUGUUGAUGGCUCGCACAGCUCUAAACAACAAAUCAGUGGAGUAUGAAUUCAUUGAGGAAAGGUUGGAGUCCAAAAGUCAGCUUCUCCUUCAAUCCAACCCCAUUUACAAGAAAAUCCCUGUUCUCAUUCACAGGGACAAAACCCAUAGUGAGUUUUUCAUCAUUGUGCAGUAUGUGGAUGAUGUUUGGUCCUCUGUCUCUCCCAUUGUCCCCUCUAAUCCUUAUGACCACGCCGUUGCUUGUUUCUGGGCUGCUGCUUAUAUUGAUGAAAAGUGGUUUCCUUCCAUGAAAAGCAUUAUAACUGUUGAAGAUGAGGAGGAAAGGAAGCCAUACUUUGAGGUGUUGGAAGAAGUGCUUGAGAGGAUGGAGGAUGCUUUUUAUGAAAUGCGCAAAGGAAAGUCCCUUGUUCGGUGGAGACAUGAUUGGAUUUGUUGAUAUUGCAUUUGGGUGCUUUUUGUCGAAUUUUAUGCUUAAUUAUUUACCAUUUUAUCAUCAACCACGAUUCAAUACCAAUAAUAUAUUUUUAAAUUAUA